AUGUCAUCAAAUGAUGAUGAAAAAAAUAAACAAGCAAUUGAAAGAACGAGUGAAGGAUCAGCGAAUGAAGAGGCAAGAAACGGGCCGGUUGAAGAUGAAAGCACUCAGAAAAGUGACGAUACUCUAGUAACACCCGAAUCACCAACAUCUCCGUCAUCAGCUAGCGCACAACUUAAACGCAAACGAGUGGAAUCUGAUAGUAAACCGAUCGCUCGAAGAUCUGAUGCAGAAUCCGCGGAUCAGUUUCCUUUAUGGGUUGCAGGUUCGUAUGAGAUUCCCUGGAUUUUUGAUGGGUGA